CUCAAACUCCGUUUCCUCUCUUCUCUCUCUCUCGUUCUUCUUCUCCCCGCAGUUGUCGCAGUUGUCGGCGACUUCAAAUCGCUCGAUUCCCUCGCUAAUGGACGCCCUAAGGAAGCAGGCGACCAAGCUGAGGGAGCAGGUAGCUCGGCAGCAGCAGGUUGUUUGGAAGCAAUUUGGAGGUGGUGGUUAUGCAAGUAAUGAUAAUAUAGUUACAGAUGAGGCAGAACUCGAGCUAUAUCAGAAACUUGAAAAAUUAUAUGCUUCUACUCGCUCAAGCAAGCAUUUUCAAAGGGAUAUUGUUCGUGGCGUGGAAGGUUUUAUAGUGGUUGGUUCAAAACAAGUUGAAAUUGGUUCUAAGUUAUCAGAGGACAGCAAAAAAUAUGGUCUUGAGAACAGCUGCACUUCAGACAGUACAUUAUCAAAAGCUACAUUAAGGUUUAGUCAAGCUCGUUCUGAAAUGGAAAAAGAACGUGAAGUUCUAUUAAAAUCUCUUAGUACCCUGAUCGUAGAGCCAUUACGAGCAAUGGUAGUGGGUGCUCAGUUGGAAGAUGCUCGACAACUUGCUCAACGCUAUGAGAAAAUGAGACAAGAAGCUGAAGUUCAGAGCAUUGAAGUUUCGAAGCGUCAGAUGAGACUAAGGGAAGGCCAUGGCAAUGUUGACAACAGUUCAAAAUUGGAAGCUUCUGAAACAAAGCUGCAGGAACUCAAAUCAAACAUGGUAGUGUUAGGCAAAGAAGCUGUAGCAGCAAUGACUGCUGUCGAAGCACAACAACAAAGGUUGACCUUGCAGCGACUUAUUGCAAUGGUUGAAUCAGAACGCAUUUACCAUCAGAAAAACCUUCAAAUCCUAGAUCAGCUUGUUGGACUGAUGGUUUCAGAACGACAACGAAUUGAAACUUCUCCAAGCCGAAUGUUCACUGAUUCUGUACCAUCACCUCCAUCAUAUGAAGAAGCCAGUGGAAUAUGGUCCUCCCAGACAAUGGAAGGAUCAACUGAUUCCAUGGGAUAUUUCUUGGGUGAGGUCGUGCAUUCAUACCAGGCUGAAUCAGAUUUCGAGCUGAAUUUGUCAGUUGGCGACUUCGUCGUUGUGAGAAAGGUAUCCAAUGGAUGGGCAGAGGGAGAAUGCAAGGGCAAGGCGGGAUGGUUCCCAUAUGGAUACGUCGAGAAGCGCGAACGAGUUCUAGCCAGCAAAAUUGCAGAAGUGUUUUGAUAUAUGUUUUCUUGCUCCAUAUGAAGUUCACUGUGUCUGUUAGCUCGCCCAUUCUUUGCCUGUUUAGUUGGGUGUUCCUUCAACUUGCCUCUGAGUUGAAUUGUUAAAUCUGGCAAUGUGCACGUGUUCAUGGUGGAGAUAGAUGAGCAGCAGUGGGUGAGGAACUUUUGGUUUCUAGAUUUCUGUUUGUACUGCUGUUUUUAAUUUCUUCGUGUACUUGUUCCCACGUUCGAAGUAUCAUUUGUACAAACAAAAAUUCCUUUCGUUACACGGUUCUAAGAUUCAUGUAGAUAUAGGAUUUACGAAGCAAUUACAUUGAA